AUGUCUCUAUUAUCUCAUUAUGAAAUAUUAGGUAUUGAUAGUGAUGCCACAGAAUCUGAUAUUAAACGUGCUUAUAAGGAAAAGUUGUUAGCUAUUCAUCCAGAUAAAAUCAAAAAUAAUGCGAAGGCAAAAGCAAACACAAAUGAAAAUAUAACUGGAAACGAAAAUAAAUCUCCAAUAAGUGUAAAUCACAUUCAAGAUGCUUAUAAAAUCCUUGUUGACUCUAAAAGUCGGCAACAAUAUGAUAAAGAAUUAGAAGAGCAAUUUAAAAAAAUGGGAUUCUUUAAUAAUGGAGAUGGAGUUGAAGAAAUUUCAUUAGAUGAAUUUGAAUGGAAUGAGAAAAAUGAAUAUCGUUUAAAUUGUCCAAGAUGUAAGCAAGUUGACGGGUUUGAGUUUGAUGAAGAUGCUUUGGAAGAGUAUGGGUAUCAAAAACGUGAUAGUUGCGAAUAUUUGAUGAUGAUACAGUGCAACUCAUGCAGUUUAUGGAUCAAGGUUGCUUACGAAAUGGUUUAA